AUGGCGCCGAGUUUGCGACACAAGUGCAAGGAAAGGUCUGAUUUUGCUGUCGAGUACACGAUGGGGGAUGCCCCCUUUGCCACCGCGCUGGGCUUAGAGACCUCAGCAUCCGGCAUGGCGUCCUUUGCGAGUGGCUGGGGCACGUCUGCUUCUGGCCGCUACUCUGAGAGGGUCGGUAUCCUCGAGCAGAAGCUAGCGGCCCUUGAGUCGGCGCACGCUGAAGAGCGUGCGGCAACGGAGAAGAAGCUUGCCGUGCUCGAGGCGUCGGUGGCGGCGCUCCUGCAUGGGGACGGCACAAGUGCGGCCGUACCAGGGCGGUGUGGGCAGGCCACCGAUGUCGACGCCAUCGCCUCUGCGGCUACCGCGCUCUCGCUUGACGACACCGUGGGGAAUCACACCGAUGACUUUGCCGAGCGGCGAUGCGGUUCGGCACUCUAG